UCCUUCGGGACCCCACGUUUAUUCGCCAACGGUGAGCAUGGUGGUUCGACAAGCUUCUCAACAACAAGUCGCCGACCAUCGACCUGCAUGCGGCUGACAAGGUCAAGCGGUGGCCCACGUGCGUGCCACUCGACGACAUCCCAUCUCUACUUGAGGUUGAGGAAGCGGUACGGGAAAUGGCCAACAGAAAGGCCGUCGGGCCGGACGACCUACCGGCUGAGCUGAUCAAGCUUUUCCUGGACGGAGAUCAAGGUCUCCUCCGCGAGUUCCACGCCAUUGUCGUGGACGUGUGGCAGACUGGGGACGUACCACAGCAGUGGAAGGAUGCCACCAUCAAAGUGCUGUUCAAGAAGGGGGACACGAUGGAGUGCGGCAACUACCGGGGCAUCUCGCUCGUCGCACACGCCGGCAAGGUGCUGCUUAAGGUCGUCGCUACACGACUGAGCCACUACUGCGAGCGAGAGGGCAUCCUCCCGGAGGAGCAGAGCGGUUUCCGCCCACACCGGUCGACGCUCGACAUGCUGUUCGCCAUCCAGCGGCUCCAUGAGCUCGCGAGGAAGAAGAGUACUGCGGUGUUCGCGUGCUUCGUCGACCUCACCAAGGCAUACGAUUCGGUGGACCGAGACCUACUGUGGGACGUGCUCCGACGCUUCGGCGUGCUCCCGAAGAUGCUGGCGGUCAUUCGCCACUUCCAGGAGGGCAUGAAGGCGCGC